AUGGCGCCUGCCCGUUGUGCACAAGUCCCAGGUACGACCUUUUACCCUGCUGUGCCUCUCUCCAGUUCUCCGGAUCGUGGCUUCCGCCCUGUACUUAAACCUCGGAGCACACUUGGGUUCUUGUUGCUUGUGAAGCCGACUUACGACUGCAACCACACUCCUGAAAGCCUGCAUAUCCUCCUGCCUCGAACCUCAAUCGCAAGCCACCGACAGGUCCUAUACACCAACAUCAUGCAAGCAAGAUACGUCAUCGCAGGUGUAGGCGUAGUUGGUGCAGGUGCCAUCGUCCUCACCGCUCUCGGUAAUCAGUCCUCAGACCGCCAAUACAAAAAGACCCUGGCAUAUAUGCACGAUGGUCGGGACAAGAUCGCUAAGAAGAUGACUGAAGCGGAAGCUGCUGUCAGUGGUGCAGUCACAGGCAAGAAAUGA